UACACCACACAUCAUAACGCGGAAGAGGAUAAAGGCUAACUGGAGUAUAUAUAUUUUCCCACUAUAGGAUUUUCAUUCAGUUUCAGUGUUUCUUAGGUGUGAAACCUGUUAAAGGUUGUAGCUGUGAUUUUAUAUAAAAGACUCCAUAUUAAAUAGAUACAGGCUACAUUUUAACUAGUAAAAUAAUGAUCUCAGUUCCUCUGUUUAUUGUUUUAUGGACCGGUGGGUUUUUUUUUAAGGAAGGAACAUGUGCUGUGGAGAUCAGCAGACCUCUGAGAUUAGCCAAGAUUGAAGGCUUUUCCUGGGAGAACUGCGGAAAGACUGAUGAUCCAGCUGUUAUGAAUAGUCUUGAGUUGUUUCCAGAUCCCAUUAAAAUUCCAGGAGAUUUGACAUCAAGUGCAUCUGGGACAACUUCUGUGGCUCUGGUGUCUCCUCUCUCUCUAAAUGUCACUCUGGAGAAAGAGGUGGCUGGUUUCUGGGUCAAAGUCCCGUGUGUGGACGAGCUAGGGAGCUGCCACUAUCAGGAUAUCUGUGAUGUACUGGACCAGCUCAUUCCUCCAGGUCAGGACUGCCCUGAGCCUCUGCGCACAUACGGCCUUCCCUGCCACUGCCCCUUCAAAGCAGGUGACUACCUUCUACCUCAGUCUACUUUCUCCCUGCCAAGAGUGGACCUGCCAUUCUGGAUGACCAAUGGCCAGUACCGUGUCCAGGGGGUGAUUGGAAGUUCAGGGAAAGAGCUCGGAUGCCUUAAAGUUACUCUCACUCUACACUCAGGUUAACUUGUAGAACAAAAUUGUGUUGAGAGACACUUUAUUACACACAGCAUGCAUUCUGUUUGUCAGUGGUGCAAUUGAUAAACCUGCUGAAUUUGGGAACUUGCUAAUAUAGAAAUUCUAUCAUUUUUAAUUACCAUCAGUAAAAUUAUCACAUUUAACUUAGUCCUAUCUGUGCAAUUCUGAGCCGGUUUUUAAUCUAUAAUGAUUCUGCAUUUAUGAUUCAUUACAAACAUAAUGGACCAUUCAAAAUAUCCUGACCGGUACUCUAAAAAUGAUUUAGUAGUUUAAAAUGAUUUAUGAUUGAAUUUAAAUGUACAAUCAUUUUUAGUAUUUGUUAAUGUAUCAUGUCUUUCAUCUCAUUUGUUUUUAAUUAUUUCUAAUUAAAACAACUUGUUUAUAUUGUAUAUAUUUAAUGUUUAGUGUAACCAUGGGGGGAAAAAACAGCGACCAGUUGCCAGAAGGUUUUUCCUUGCAUGAUGUAAAUCUCGUGAUGAGGACCAUCCUAAUAUUAUCUGUUGUUCAACUCUGAACGCUUUUGCCUCAAAAUACUUUAGGUGGAACAAAUUUGGAAUUAAAAGAAUGAUCAAUAAACAGAGAUUGUGACAGAGCUUCAUUAAAAUGUUACACUUAAAAA